AUGAGUAGUCCACAAGCUGAGCCACCUGAUAAGAUCAAAGAAGUCGAAGCUGAUCUGGUUGGCAACAUCGAAGAUGGAGACUCGCGGUACGGCAAACACAAGUCCAAGCAAACGAGCUCCUCCAGGCGGACGUUGACCCGCUCUCCGCAGAGCAAAAGCAGCAGACAGAAAAGCAGCCGGCACCUCCGUUCACCUCACUCAAAAAGCAGGUCUUCCCGAAGGAGUAUCUUAGGGGAAAGCACCAAAGACUUGCAUUUUCAUGAUGCUCGCGACGCUGACAAAAAGGAAAGAGGGAAACUUCCACGAGAAGGCUUGCAUCGUAAACACAACCAACACAAUCGUGGUUUAAAAGAAUCGUAUCGACAUGCAAGUACGAAGUCUGCAAUGAGCAAGAGCAGUGCCGCAAUUGAUACACUAUACGGGGAUGAAGCCGAUUCUAAGGCCAAGGCGAAAUCAUCAAGGGGAAGCCCAGCACGUGUACGCGCUCCGGGGGUGGAACAUGUGCUGACCCCUUCAAGCAGCAAUAACGACGACAUUGUGAGUGCGCUGUAUGGAAGUGACUCGGAUACCAAAGCCAAGGCAUCAGGACGAAAUUUUGUCCCUGCAGUUGUUCCAGGCGUGGAAUAUGAAUAUUCGCACAGAUCUACAGCCAUUAAAUCUCCCACUAGUUCCAAAAGUAAUAGAGCCAUCAAUACGUUAUAUGGAAGUGAUGCAGAUGUGAAGUCCAAGGCGAAAUCGUCACGGGGGUUGGCAUCGGGAAACUAUCCGGGUAUGAAACAGUACAAUAGUCCUACUGCUACCAAUAGAUCAACGGCCAGUACCAUGAGCAAUACGACUAUCAAUACGCUAUACGGGAGUGAUGCGGAAUCAAAGGCCCGGACAAAAGGAUCAAGGGGGGGUGCUGAACCUGCCAGCGUUCCUGGUGUUGAAUAUUUGCACAGCCCACCAGCAAACAUUUUAUCAACUGGCGGCAGUGCAAGGAGCAAUGCCACGAUCAACACGCUAUACGGAGAUGACUCAGACGCCAAAGCCAGAGCAAGACGACCGAAAGGGGGUGGAGACUUGUCUCAACCUUCAGGUAUCGAGGGUGUGAACCACCAAAUGUCGACGUCUCUAGCUGAUAGUAUGUUUAGUACGAGCGCUACAGAUUUCCAACUUGCAGGAGAUGACAAUGCUGCUCGAAGGGCAAAGAGGAGGAUGUCGAACGGUAGUGCACAUUCUUAUUCUAGCAACCAUUUGGACCCGGAGCGCAAGACGACUGUGUCAACUACCGCGGGAGGCAGCUUGUCGUUUGAUGGCAUCAGUUGUCGAAUGCCCAAUGAUCCAGAGGCAGCUCCUGAUACUGAUAGGAACAAUUUGACAGUAGAGGAAAAGCCACGGAAGUCUCGGAAAAAGCGGAUAGCAUGUUUCUUGUUGCUUCUAUUGCUUAUUGCGGGAGGGGCAGCAGCAUGGUUUUUCCUUUUUCGAAACAACAGCCAGAUCAAAUCUCUUGGCAUCCAAGAUCCGACUCCUUCUGCGCCUUCGCUAUCCAAUAAAACAACACUUUCACCUUCGACUCCACUGUUUACGGAAUAUCCGUCAGCAUUGCCUACAUCACCGCCAACGGUGAAGCAGCUCUAUGAGCGUCCGAGCGAAUCCGAUUGUCAGUCUAUUGCCAGAAACCAAACAAUCCAGGGAAGAGAAACGAUGGAGACGGCCGAUUUCGGGUUGGACGUGGAAGUUGUGCUUUUCGAUGGUAGCAACAUUACAGAAUCAUUGGUGCAAGAGCUGUUAGAUGCGAUUCAGGAAAAGAUCCUUCCUUCCUUGGCUGGGUGUUCUGUAAUCGUGGACGAGCUAUUGGAGGCAUGGAGGUUUGUUAUUUUUGAUGCCUUUGUGAAAGGUAAUGCUGCACGAGACGAAAAAUGUCAAGAUAGAGAAUUGAUGACGAAGAAUUGUCAUCGGGUUUAUGUGGAACUGGCUCUUUUUCUGAAGGGCAAGGUCAGGUUUCUUGAUAUCAUUGGUCUGAUCAGUGACGGAACAUUGAAUUUGUCGAAUCAUCUGGGUCUAUCGGAUCCAUUUUUGGUUGUCAAUCUUUUUGCUGCAAGAGGAUCAACCGCUGCUCCCACGAGUGUGCCAAGUGACAUGCCGAGUUUGAUUCCUACACAACUUCCAUCGGUGAAACCAAGUACCAAUCCAACAAAUGUUCCUUCAAUAGAACCUACUGUGGCCCCCAUUGGAGAGCCAUCAGGCUUUCCAACACGCAUCCCUUCUUUGCAACCAUCAAUGAACCUAACCGCAAGACCGACAGAUGUACCAUCAGAGAAUCCAAGUUUUAGUCCAACAGGAGGAUUGAGUUUUAGUCCAACAGGAGCAUCGAGUUUUAGUCCAACGAGAGCUCUAACGGUAUCACCGACUUUGAACCCAACAAGGAAUCCUACACCAAAUCCAACACCAAAUCCAACAAGCAGACCAACCCCACUUCCGUCCCCAGCACCAACACCACAACCCACACCCGCAAUCGCCGUCAUUACGCAGGCGAAUGGACCCUACACGAAUUACCCUGUGAGUCAAUCUUCUACUAGUUGGGGUGGUGUUGCAAUGAGAGCAAUCGAUGGCAACAACAGUGGGUUAUUUUGGGAAUCAUCCAUAUCACAUACUGAAAGUGGUCCAAAUGAGUGGUGGCAAGUCGAUUUGGCAACUGGUGCUGGAAGGCCUGUUGUUGUGGACUACAUUACUGUGUGGAAUCGAAAUGAACGUAACUAUGCACUACGGCUCGCUGGGUCGAUUGUGCAUCUUCUUGAUGCGAAUCAAAAUGACAUUACUCCACUAAGUGCUAGUAAUGUACUGACUGAUGCCAGGGAAAUAACUGUCAACUUCGGGAUGGUACCAAACGUCGGUUUUGUAAAAAUCAGCCAAAAUGGAAUUUUGGCACUUGCCGAAGUUGAAGUAUAUGGAUAUGUGCCGUAA